UAAUUAAGUGUGCAUUAAACUUCUAUAAUGACAAAUAAUUUGAUACAAUUAUUUUUAGUAAUCACAACAAAUAAUUUGAGACUGAGAGAGUAAUAGAAAAAAGGAAAAAAUGCCAAAAAGAAAUUAAAAAAGAAAGGGAUUUGGGGAAAAUGUAAAGAAGAUUAUCUCAAAUUGUCUUAACUGUUGCAGAGAAAUUUGAUUCUCCAAUGAUAACGGUAAAGCUCUUCCCUCCAUUACCUUUACAUAACCCUUAUUUGAAUUGUGUCCACUCUUUGAACUUGAAACCUUUCUCUAAAACCCUUCAAUUCAAAUUCUUGUUAAAACCUCCAAACUGUCAAUCUUUCAAAGCUCAAUUUGAGAGCUUUAAAUGUAAAGGGUUUAGGGAUUUCAACGACGGUGGAGGAGGCGGCGACGACGGAGGUGGUGGUGAAGAUGAUGAACAAAAUGGGGUUUUGCCGAAGUGGGUGGAUUUUACUUCAAAUGAUGCAAAAAAUGUAUUUGCUGCAUUAGUUAUAUCGCUUGCCUUCAGGUCCUUCGUGGCUGAGCCUAGAUAUAUACCUUCUUUGUCUAUGUAUCCCACUUUCGAUGUUGGAGAUCGGCUUGUUGCUGAAAAGGUCUCUUACUAUUUCAGAAAGCCAUGUCCCAACGACAUAGUUAUUUUCAAGAGUCCUCCGGUGCUUCAGGAAGUAGGAUACAGUGAUGGAGAUGCCUUUAUUAAGAGGAUUGUUGCUAAGGAAGGUGAUCUUCUUGAGGUAGACAGGGAGACGGCGCAGACCUAUAGGAGCUAUCAGCAGAUUUUCAGGAGCACUCCAUUGUUCCGGAGGUGCUAAUCGGGUUUAUACUUUUGUGUAUAUAUAUAUGUAUAUGUAUUUUAGGCACGACAGGGUCUUGUCCCGUCCAUAUGUCUAGUACUCUAGUAGAGGCUCGUAGAUACGUAUGUGCGGGCUAUAUGGUCUUACAAGGUCACUACGGUAUAUACGUAGAUAUGUGUACAUUAUCUUUUGAUAGCCAAAGGGCUCAUGUAUAUAAAAGUAUUUAUGUUCUUCAAU